CGGAACCGCGUCGGGAGGAGGAAGCGUGACCAAUUCAGCUCCCAGUGGCAGGACAGUUUCUGUCUCAUCACGGGGACAUUUCUUCCAGGUUUCGGACCCGACCAGAUUCGGAGAAUUUCGGAUCCUGUCGGUUGAUUUUCGCGUAAAAGAAUCGAAUAUUACUACUACUAAUAAUACCGACAGCAGUCUCCCUGUUGUAUGCGUCCAUCCAUCGCAUCUAUCCCGUCUCCGCCCUGAUCGCUUUGGCGUGCACGGAUGCCUUUACAGCGGACUACAUCGCUCAGGAUGCGCUAUUGGUUCCCAGAGGUUUGAUGAAUGUAGAUGUGGAUACUUUGCCAAGGACGUCGGAGCAGCGUUUACAGGAGCCGAGCGCGAGCGCAAUGACUCGGAGCGCGUCUCUACUCCGGAAAAACACAACUCGCGUUGGGCUGCUGCUAUAAGCCGCUUGUUUUAUAUGUCUCUAUAUGUUUGCGGAUGUGUGCGUGUGUGUGUCCGCGUGUGGAUGUAAGUGCUGGACUUGGCGCAAAUAAAAGCAACCCGGUGUUCCUCGAAGCUCCUCUUGGCGUGUUGCACGGAGGCGAAGUUCAGCGCAAGAGCUCAGAAAACAUCCGAAGCCAAAAAUAAGGCCGCUGGAUAGAUGAUUGAACGUGAGCAGAUGACUGAGGUGCCAAGGGAUCAGGAGCACUAGAGUGGAGGCUGUAGCAGCUGUCCUGUGUCGAAGAAAGAGUGAGAGGAAAGAGAAAGGACUGAAAGAAAAGGUGCAGCACGGACCAUCCGCCCCCUGCAUCGCACAGGUGUGCAGCCAUGGAACGAGCGCUCUUGUGCCUGUCUCUGCUGGUGCUGCCCAUUGCCGCUAUGCUGUGCCCAAAGCGUUGCACCUGUCAGAAUCUCCUCCCCUCCUACACAGUUUUGUGUGCCAAGACAGGCCUGCUCUUCGUGCCACCCAACAUCGACCGGCAGACAGCUGAACUUCGGCUCAUGGACAACUUCAUCACAACACUCCGGCACCGUGACUUCGCCAACAUGAGCAGUCUCAUCCAUCUGACUCUGUCUCGCAACACCAUCAGCCUCAUCCUGCCCUAUGCCUUUUCCGACCUGCAGGAGCUCCAUGCGCUGCACCUCGAUGCCAACCGGCUCACAGCCCUAGACGACGCUCAUCUGCAAGGCCUGGUCAACCUGCGCCACCUAAUCCUGGCCAACAACCAGCUGCAACACAUUUCCCAUGGAGCCUUUCAAGACUUCCUAGAAACAUUAGAAGAUCUGGAUCUGUCCUACAACAACCUGGUAAAUGUGCCAUGGGAUACCAUAGCUCUCCUUGUCAGUGUCAAUACACUUAGCUUGGAUCACAACCUAAUCGAGUUUGUGCCGGAGGGCAUUUUUUCCAACCUGCACAAGCUAGCCAGGCUGGAUAUGACCUCCAACAAACUGAAGAAAAUUCCUCCAGACCCUCUGUUUCUGCGUAUACCGGUUUAUGCAAAAACCAAGGGCUCGCCAUUAACAGCACUAGUGCUGAGUUUCGGUGGAAACCCGCUGCACUGCAAUUGUGAGUUGGUGUGGUUAAGGCGACUGACCCGAGAGGACGAUCUUGAGACUUGUGCCUCUCCGAAAGAACUAGCAGGGAAGUACUUCUGGACCAUCCGUGAGGAGGAGUUUGUGUGUGAGCCACCCAUGAUCACACGCCACACUUCUAAGAUGUUUGUAAUGGAGGGUCAAGAGGUGAGCUUGAGGUGCAGGUCUGUGGGAGACCCUGAACCUACGACACACUGGGUGAGUCCGGACGGCAAGCUGAUCGCAAACACGUCUCGAACAACCGCCUUUGAGAACGGCUCUCUGGACAUCCUUACAGCCACUGUAAAAGAUUCAGGUGUGUUUACCUGUAUCGCAUCCAAUGCGGCUGGAGAGGCCACAGCCCCUGUGGAACUUGUGGUGAACCCCUCGCCACACUACGACCCAAAACUCGAACCAGAACCAGGACCCUCAGACAUGCCCACCUCCAUCAAGUCAAACAGCAGUGGGGGGCAGACAAGAGUGGAACAGCGGGUCAGUGUGACUGAGUUAACAGCCACAUCAGUCACCAUCCGCUGGCCUUCACAAAGCCAUAUCCCUGGGGUUCGCAUGUACCAGAUCCAGUACAACAGCUCCACGGACGAGAUCCUCAUUUACAGGAUGAUUCCAGCCUCAUACAAGCUGUUUCAGCUGAGCGACCUGGCCUCUGCACGGGACUACGAUCUCUGUGUGUUGGCCGUUUAUGAUGACGGAGUCACUGCCCUCACGGCCACACGCCUCGUCGGGUGCGUGUCAUUCAGCACCGAGAGGGAGUAUCACCACUGCCGCUCGCUCCAUGACCAGUUCCUGGGCGGCACGAUGAUCAUCGUCAUCGGAGGCAUCAUCGUGGCCUCUGUGCUCGUCUUCAUCUUCAUCCUGCUAAUGAAGUACAAGCUGCACAGCCAGCACUAUAAGCAAAAGGCAGAGCACGUCAGCAACGUGUGCUCACAGACCAACGGUGGUCAGCAAGGGUCCACGUCCAACCCUCCACCACCCCGUUCAUCCUCUUCCUCCGCUUCGGCAAGUAAACCAUCGAUUCUUCUUAGUCAGGAGAGGCCCGAGAGUUAUGGUGCUCAUGAGGGAGGUUAUGGGUCACUCAAAGGCACCACAGUGGUGGACUUAAAUCCAGAGUAUGGCAAGUCCGUCAAAGAAGAAGACUCAGUAUCGCAAUAACACAGGGUUAAAUCCCAUCCACCCAUCCUCUCCUCCUCCUUCCCAUCUUCUGCUUUUUUUUCUGGUGCUGGGGUGUCUCUGCCUUACUGAGGAUUUUCUCAUGUCCAAGGCAAACUCAGUCUAGAGGGAAAAUUAAAUUGCCUGGGAUUGGAGCCAAUACACUCCUGGGAGGAGAGGUGGGUGGAAGCCAGUAAUUCUUUUCUGUCCCUUAUGCAAGCUUCUUAACAAACAAUGGAUAUUAAUAGGCCUGUUUGGAGCAUAUGGGCAACAUUUUUGUCCUCCACUAAGGCCAUCACUCUUAGAGAAAAUAAUAUGAAAACAUGACCAUCACUAUUGGACUGGACAAGUGGACACUUCACUAAUGGAAUCUGCCGCUACUCUUUUACAAACCUGUGGAAAAAUAAAUGAACGCCUUGAUUCAUUCAUGAUAUUCAGUCACCAUAGGAUGUCCUGGCUGCAGAUAAUGCAGAGUCAAAGGAAUGUCCGGAAAUAUUUCAUAUUUCCGAACAGAAUGUGAUGUUCCGAUUUGCUGCAUAACGCUCCAUGGAAAUCCAAUAUUCACACAGGCCAUUGGAGUACAGACACACUGAUAGCAAGAAUCCAUUUUAGUGUACUUUUGGGGCACUUUAUGAUCAUUCACUCUCUAUCCACACUGACUUUUUUCCAUUUUGAAAGGAACUGGACAUUGGACAUUUAUUCAACUGGUAAACAGGCAUGGUUAUACAUGUGUAUCGGAGAUUGGUUUAAAAAAAAAAAAAGAAAAGAAAGAAAAGACGUCACCAGAGUUUUCUUAGUCACCAUGCACUGAUGCAUUUAUAUUUCACAUAUAUCGGAAAGGAACAAACGUUUUAAAAGCCCAGACACUGACCUUGCUAGACAUUUAAGACCAUGUCUAAUACAAAACAGGCCUCUUUGAAAGGUUGCCUGAAAUAAAUACUGUUUUUUUUUUUUUUUCCUCCAGUUAACUGUGUAUGUAUUUGUAUGUGAGGUAAACCUUCAACCAUCUCUGAUUUGAAUUACACGUGAAAAUAAUAAAGUCCUCGGAUGGAAUUUUAUGCUUUCAUAGAUACUACAUGUGGAUUUAUAAAGAAAUAAAAGUAUUUUUCUUCUAAA